AUGAAAUAUUCAUGUAUUGAAUUGAAUGAUUUACCCGAUGAAAUUCUUUUGAUUAUUUUCAAAAAAUUGAGCAAUAUUGAAGUACUUUAUUCUUUGCAAGGUGUCGAUAAACGACUGAAUAGAAUUAUACAUGAUCCAAUAUUUACAAGUCGUUUGAACUUUCUUGAAUGGUCGUCGAAUAGAUUUAUCAAUAAAUUUUCUUCAAAAUUCAUACUUGAUCGAUUUUGUUCACAAAUUUUACCUGAAAUUGCUAUGAAAAUCAAAUGGCUUGAUCUUGAAUCGUCAACUAUGAAACGUAUUCUACGUGCUGCCAAUUAUCCUGAUUUAUAUGGACUCGGUCUAUACAAUAUCGAAGAAGAGACAGCUCUAUGUCUUUUUACCGAUGAAAAUCUUUCAUCUGGUAUUUUUAAAAAUCAAAUUACAACACUUAUUAUUGGAAUUGAUCCAAAUGAAAAUGAUCUAUCAACAAUGGAAAACAUAUGCAAUAAUAUCUUUACUGUUUUUACUAAUUUAACUCAUUUAAUAUUUUAUAAUGCCUCAUAUAAAAAUACUGUUCAAUUAUUAUUUGAUUUUCCAUCUCCUAGUUUUUCUUCUUCAUCUCUUUUGGUAUUGAAUAUCAAGGUUCAAUGUUUUGAUAUGUGUCUUUAUAUUCUCGAUGGUCGCUUCAAUCAACUUCAUACACUCGUUAUUGAUUUGGUUAACAUUCAUCCUCCAGAAGAAAUUGAAAAUCAAAGAAAAAUACCAAAUCUAAAGUGUUUUGUUUUGUCUUGUGCUUUGCAAACAUCGUGUUAUGAUGAAUUAAUUCCACCACUUCUUUAUCGAAUGCCAAAUUUAGAAAAACUUGGUUUGUAUCUUAUGGCCUAUGUUGAUGAAACAUUUAUUGAUGGAAAUCAUUUGAAGAAAAAUAUUCUUAAUCAUAUGCCACAAUUAAAUCAAUUUAUAUUUGAUAUUUGUUCGGUUAUGUACCUUAAAGAUGGAAUGAAUUUACCAUCGAAAGAAGAGAUUCAAGAAACAUUCAAAGAUUUUCAAUAUACUAAAAUAAUAUUAUGUGUCAAUUAUUUUCUAGAGCGACGAGAGGGUCAAUGUCAUGUUUAUUCAUAUCCAUUUUUAAUGCAAUAUUACGAAGAUAUAACAAAUUAUUUUCCAGGUGGAUUAUAUCAAUAUGUUCGUGUAGUAUCAUUAUAUGAUGAACAAUCUUUUGAACAUGAAUUUUUUAUUCGAAUCUCUCAAUCAUUUCCAUUUAUGGAGAAAUUAUCUGUGACUAAUCGUCAUGCACAAAAUCAAAAACAAUCUUAUAAACCAAUGAAUGAUAAUCAUAAUUUAUCAAUUGUUAAAUUUUUUUAUCUUACUGAACUUAAUAUUUCACGAGUUCAUGAUGAUUAUAUAGAAGAAUUUUUACUUAAUACGAAAACAUAUUUACAAAACAAUAUUCUUCUUCAUAUUAAUUAUAAAUCAUUAGAAAAAAUGACACAUAACUUUACAAGAGAUGAUACACGAAUUAAUUGUGCAAAAAUAAAUGAAAUAUAUUUCUUCGGAGAAGUAAAAUAUUCGAAAUCUUUACAAAAUUAUUUUCCUUUUGCAAAAAUAGAUGAAUAG